ACCAUCUUGAAAGGACUCAAAAUGUCCCUCAACACUGUAACUUCCGGUCUCGGCGCCCCAGUGAGCCAAGCCACAAACACUGUGCAGAACGCCGGCGACCAGGCCACGAAACCAGUCACCAAGACAGUCAAUGAGACAGCGAACGAGACAACUAAGCCAAUCACCAAGACCGUCAACGACACGACCUCUAGUCUCCCGGGUACAUUCCCUAAAGAUGAGCCGCCCACGAACCAGAAGAACAACGUCACGAUCCCUUCUUUCAGUGACCUCUGGGCCUCCUUCAUCGCCUGGAUGAAGGGCCUUAUUCCCCGGGGAGUAGACAUCUUUGAAGCCGCCGUCCGCCGCUUUAUCCUAUGGCUCAUCCCGCCUGAGCGGCAAGCGAAGCUGUACCAGGCGAGUAUGGAGCACCCGAUCGCUGCGACGUUCGUGACGUGCCAGCUGCUUUGCGUGGGGAUCCCAUUAAUACUCUUCAUUGCGGGGACAUUACUCUUUGCUGCCGUUGCGCUAUUGGUGUGGGUUGUGUUGUCGAUUUUACUCCUCGGGCCACUUAUGCUGGUGGCCAGUCUGAUGGGGGUCUCGCUCUGGGGAUGGGGCUGGUUUGUGUUUGGGCUGGUCAGGUGGUUGGACCGAUUGCUGCUUGGGGGAAUGAUGGAGCGGUAUUGGCAGGCACAGAUUGCGCAGCAAAAGGCAGAGGAGGACCAAGAGAAAGAAACGGAAGGCACGGGCGAGGGAGAGGGAGAGGCUCAGAAGGAGACGAAUGAGGAGAAGAGGGAUGGCUAGGCUGUUCUGACCUUGAUUCUGCUGAACCGCUGUCUACUUAUAUGUGAUUUUUAUCGAGUAUGGAAAAAAAUUGGCGUCAU